AUGCCGUCCAGCAACCGUCCCGGCGGCUCCGCUUGGACGACGCCUGCGUGGAACUGGAGCCGGGACUCGCUCGGGAUGGUAGACGGCUCCGGGGGCGGCGUGGAUGCGGCGUGGUCAGGGAGAGAAGCCAACGGGAGCAGAGACCCCUACGGACGGGACGAAGAGCUGGCCAAGCUGGAGGUGGCCGUGCUGGCUCUGACCUUCGCCUUAGCUGUGCUGGGCAACUUUUUCGUGCUGCUGGCGCUACACCACACGCCGCGCAAAAAGGCGUCCCGCAUGCAUCUCUUCAUCCGGCAUCUGAGCUUGGCCGAUUUGGCGGUAGCUUUCUUCCAAAUCUUGCCCCAACUUUGCUGGGAAGUCACGCACCGCUUCCACGGGCCCGACGGGCUCUGCCGCCUGGUGAAACACCUGCAGGUCUUCGGCAUGUUCGCCUCGGCUUACAUGUUGGUGGUGAUGACGGCAGACCGGUACAUCGCCGUGUGCCACCCGCUCAAAACGCUGCAGCAGCCGAGCAAGCGCUCGCGCUGCAUGAUCGCGGCCGCCUGGGCUCUCAGCUUCUUGCUCAGCGCGCCCCAGUACUUCAUCUUCUCCCUCAGCGAGGUGGAGAGCGGCUCGCAGGUCUAUGACUGCUGGGCGCACUUCAUCAAGCCGUGGGGGGCUCGCGCCUACGUCACUUGGAUCACCAGCAGCAUCUUCGUGGCGCCCGUCCUCAUCCUGGCCACCUGCUACGGUUUCAUCUGCUACCGCAUUUGGAGCAACGUCCGGGACAAGACGCGGUGGCAGAAGCGAGCGAGGGCUCCGCCACACGAGGGCGCCCUGCGCAAGGGGCUGCUCUUCACGCCUCAGGUCAGCAGCGUCAAAAGCAUCUCCCGCGCCAAGAUCCGCACCGUCAAGAUGACUUUCGUGAUCGUUUCGGCUUAUAUCGUGUGUUGGGCCCCUUUCUUCUCUGUGCAGAUGCGUUCCGUCUGGGACAACCACGCCUCCUGGCAGGAGGAUGUUGCAGUUACAGUGACUGCCCUCUUGGCCUGCUUGAACAGUUGUUGCAAUCCAUGGAUCUACAUGUUUUUCAGUGGGCACCUCCUACAAGACUUCUUACAGAGUUUCUUGUGUUGUCGAAAAAUUAAACAAAGAUUGAAUAAAGAAGAUACUGAGAGCAUUAGCAGAAGACAAACUUCUUUCACGAAUAAUAUAAGUCCAACAAACAGUUUGGAUACAUGA